AUGGAGCUGUGGGAGGAUACGAUCUAUGUGUCCGGCCUGCCGAAGGAUAUCACCGAGCAGAGGCUUGUGGACUUCUUUGGGCAGAUCGGUAUCAUCAAGGAAGGGAAAGGAAAAGAAAAAGGCAAAAAGAAAGUCUGGAUCUACAAAGACAAGGCUACUGGUGAACCCAAAGGAGAUGCAACAGUCUCCUACGACGACCCCAACGGCGCUAAGUAUCGCGCGAUGGUGGACGAGGUGGAUAUGACCGUGGUGGGUACGGAGACAGGGGAGGUGGCUAUGGCGAUGAUGGCUACGGAGACCGACGAGGGGGUGGAGGCAGAGAUGACUACGACCGUGGAGGCGGAGGAGGAGGUUGGCAAGAUCGUGAAAGAGAUCGGGAAGGAUAUGGAGGAAGGUGGCCGUGGAGGUGACUACGGCGGCCGUGGAGGUGACUACGGCGGCCGUGGAGGCGACUACGGCGGCCCGGAGGUGGUGGUUACCGUGAAAGCCGUGACAUGCCAGGCGGCCAUGACGAUCCUCGCGGCGGCUAUGGUGGACCACCAAGAAGGGGCGGCUAUGACGACCGGGACAGACAGUACUGAAGUCUCGAAGGUUGGAGUAACGUAA